UAGACUGAAGAGUCUUUCUUUAACACCGCCCGCCGCACAAAGGCAGAGGGUGUUUGGAAAGCACGGCGGGACAGCUAAACGAUUGAAGACGCGAAGCAAAAAGGUCAAAAUGUUUAUAUUAUUUUUGAAAAGGGAGGUGCUGAGAUCUCCUUUCCGCCUGAUUGGCCGAACUUGACAGUGAUUGACGUGCAUCCAUGGCAACCGUGCAGCCAAUCUGCCAAGUCCAAUAGGAAAUCAUCGGAGGGGGCUUAACUGUCUUUUUCUCCCCCCUUAAAAAAUACAUCUCGGCUCCGGCUUUAAUUCUUUCGUACUUUCAAUCCCAGCCUACCUUGAAAAAUACAUCUCGGCUCCGGCUUUAAUUUUCUCGCACCUUCAGCCCUUUGCCUACCAAGUUUGCCAAGCCCGAGGAUGCGGUAGCCGGUCCCCGAGCAGCAUCGUUCCUCCUCGGCGGCGUUUGGCGUUUGCGUUUUUCACUGCUGCUCACACGAUUGGUUCGGUAACUUUGGGAUUGCCUUGUUUUUUGGGUGCCUUGGACUGCCUCGGCGCACGGAAAGAAGAAGCGGAGGACUCGACGCGGAGGAGUAAGAGAGAGAGAGGAGAAAGGAGGGGGAGAGGGAAACACAGGAGAAGCCUCCAUGUUUCAGCUGCCCAUCUUGAAUUUCAGCCCCCAGCAGGUCGCCGGGGUCUGCGAGACUCUGGAGGAGAGCGGGGACAUCGAGCGCCUCGGCCGCUUCCUCUGGUCGCUGCCCGUCGCGCCAGCGGCCUGCGAGGUCCUCAACAAAAACGAGUCGGUGCUGAGGGCCCGGGCCGUCGUCGCCUUCCACACCGGUAAUUUCCGUGAACUUUACCACAUCCUGGAGAACCACAAGUUCACCAAAGAGUCGCACACGAAGCUGCAGGCGCUGUGGCUCGAAGCGCACUACCAGGAGGCUGAGAAGCUGCGGGGACGCCCGCUGGGGCCGGUGGACAAAUACAGGGUGCGGAAGAAGUUCCCCCUACCUAGAACCAUAUGGGAUGGAGAGCAGAAAACCCACUGCUUCAAGGAGAGAACCCGGCACUUGUUAAGAGAAUGGUAUUUGCAGGAUCCCUACCCGAACCCCAGUAAAAAGAGGGAGCUUGCACAGGCUACAGGACUUACACCCACACAAGUAGGAAACUGGUUCAAAAAUCGCAGACAAAGAGACAGAGCAGCGGCUGCGAAGAACAGGCUCCAGCAGCAGGUCCUGUCCGGCGGCUCGGUUCGCUCCCUGGCGGACGAGGACGGCACCGUGGACCGCCUGGGGAACUCGUCCAGUCCGGAGGCCAGUCUGUCCAGCAAAGCAGCCGCCUCGGCCAUCUCCAUCACCUCCAGCGACAGUGAAUGUGACAUCUGACGGGCAGAUCGAGGGUGUUGAUGAAUAAAAAGGGGGAUACGACUGAAAGACAAUCUAAUAAAACAAGUCAUAGUGCCUGCGUUGAGUUAAAACACACACACACAAACUGAUAUUUGCCGGGUGCCAAAACAUGAGGGGAUCUGUGAUCCGCGGCGGACUGCCCGUCCUUAUCCUUUUAGGUCUACAUUUUUUUGUUUGCGUUUUACCCACGUGUGGAUAACUGAACUUAAUACGGAAGAAACAUAUUUGACGGACUAAUAAAUCAACGCCCCGAGAUGAAAAGUAAAAAAGAAGAAACAUAAAAAAAGGGAUGAAGGCAAUCCGAGCGCCUAACCUGCUGUUCUCUGUGGGUAUUUCAUGUUGAAAAAGAACUGUGAUAUUUUUACUUUACUUUCAAAGUUUUAUAAAUAAUGUUUAUUUGCCUAUUUAAAACGAUCUGCUCUGUCUCUUCGAAUUUCAUAUUCAUUUGCUUGGUGUUUUUAAUACUUACCUUGUGCACGGGUGAACCUGUUGAGCAUGCGCGCUUUAGUGAAAAUGUGUUUCAGUAAAAAGAAAAGUAAAGAUAACUUAAUAAAAUAAUUGUUGAUCAAGA